AUGUCUGCUGUUGGCGCUGGACCCGUUCUGGCUGCGGCUAUUGCCCCAAUCGCUGGCGGUCCCAGCGCAGCCAAAUCCAACGCUGACGUCCCGGCUCUUCCGGCCGGCUUUCCAGCCAAGCUGAACGCCAAGUUUGCGUGGACUGGGUCCGACUUUCCGACGGCCUCGGACUGGGCUCUUGUUCUUGUCCCCAACGACGUGGCCGAAAUCAACGAGGCCGUCAGAUUUUAUAAAUCACUUGAUCAAGACGGAGAUCUUGUCGAUCCGACAUGUUUUCCGCUUCCCACUCUAGGGCCGAAGCUCUCGGCUCUCAGUUGGGAUGUUCACUACGGCAAGGGCUUUUGCGCCGUUCGUGGCAUUGAUACGACUGCCUACUCCGUCGAAGACCUCAUGCUGGUCUAUUUGGGCAUCCAGUCAUACAUUGCAGAACAACGCGGUCGCCAAGACAAGCGUGGAAAUAUGCUUGUUCACAUCGUUGCCGACAACAGCACCAAGGAUGCUGCCGAGCAUCACCGCCACUCGACCAAGUCCAUCACUUUCCACAGCGAAGAGGCGGGCGAUGUCGUUAGCUGGUUGACGCGGGGCGCUGCUGCUGCCGGUGGCAAGUGCAUAAUUGCUUCUGCCUAUACGAUCUACAACGUUUUGGCAGCUACUCGUCCUGAUGUCAUUCGAACUUUGGCCCGUUCAGACUGGCCGUUUGCCUUGCCACGGUUUCAAUGCCGGCCGGUCAUCUUCUACCAAGACUCGAAGUUGAUCAUGAACUUUGGCCGUGCCGCUUUGCUCGGCAACGAAGCACAUCCCCGACCAAGCCACUUGCCCUCGCUUACGCCCCGCCAGGUGCAAGCUCUAGAUGCCAUUGAGGCUGUGGCACGAGCCACCCAGAUGGAGAUAAAGACGCAGGCAGGAGAUAUGCACUUCAUCAACAAUCUUGCCAUCCUCCAUCGACGUGAGGGCUUCGUCAAUGGCAGCGACGCGGCCGAGAAACGCCACUUGGUGCGCAUGCGCCUCCGCAGCGCCCAGCUGGGCUGGCGCAUCCCCAAAGAGCUAUCUCACGAGUGGGAUAAGGCGUUCAACAAACAGGGCGUCAAACAUUGGCACCUUGAGCCCAUGCCCGCUUUCUUCUUCCCACUCCGCAGCCAGCCGAACUAG